AUGCGCAGUACAACUUUCAUUUUGUUUUUCUAUCGUUCCUUUUUUUAUAUUUUUUUUCUUUUUCCUGUUUUUACUUCCAACCCCCUUCCUUCAUCUUUGACCUCCUCCCCCUCUUACUUCUCCUCUUUAUUUCCCACUUUUUUUCCUCCGUCCCUUCGCUCAUCCUGUCCUUUGCUUCCUUCUUUAAUUUCUAGUCCCACUGCAGUUUUUCUUUUCUCCUUCUCCUUCUUCCCUGUCGCUGUUAUUGUUAUCGUCGUCUCAUUAUUAUUUGAAACCAUUUGUUAUUCUUUUUUUAUUCUUCUUUCACCUUCUUUCUUAUUUUUCUUUCUUUCUUUCUUUCUUUCUUUCUUUCAUUUUCUUUUUUCUUCCUCUUUUUCUUUCUUUCUUUCUUUCUUUCUUCUACUUCUUCCAUUUUCUUUUUUCUUCCUCUUUUUCUUUCUUUCUUUCUUUCUUUUUUUCUUUCUUUCUUUCUUCUACUUCUUCUUCCAUUUUCUUUUUUCUUCCUCUUUUUCUUUCGUAUUUCCUCUUCUUUCUUAUUCUUUCUUUCUUCCUCCUUCUUCAUCCUUCUUCUUUUUCCUUCUUUCUUCAUAUUUCUCCUUCUUUCUACUUUCUUACUUCUUUUUCUUUUUUUACUUCUUGCUCUCCUUUUUUCGCUUCCUUUCCAUUUUCUUCAUCUUCUUCCUUUUAUAUUUUCCUUCUUUCUCCUUAUCCCUUCUUCUUCCUUCUUAUUUCUUUUUUUUUUUCCUAUUUUCUUCCUCUCCUGCUUUCUCCCAUCCUGUUUUUUCUUCUUCUUCUCCUUCUUUUUCUUCACCACUGCAUAAUGUAUUACUCACUUCAUUUUUUCUAAUAUUUUUUCAUUUUUUCUUCUUCUUCUUCUUCUUCUUCUUCUUCUUUCCUUUACUCCAUUAUUUCCAACUGUUGUUCGUAUCUUUUUCUUAUCAAUUAAUAAUUUUUGUUUUUAUUCUUGCUUCCUUCAUCUGUUCCUCCCACCCUAUUUCACAUUUACUCUCUCUUCUUCUUCGUCGUCGUCGGCGUCUUCUUCUUCUUCUUCUUCUUCUUCUUCUUCUUCUUCUUCUUCUUCUUCACAGCUGCCGAAUGUAUUACUUCAUUUUUCCUAACAUUUUUUCAUUUUAUUUCUUCCUUUUUUCUAUGUUUUCUUCUUUUUCUUCUUCUUCUUCUAUUUCUUCUUCCACCUCCUCUUCUUCUUCCUCCUCCUCCUCCUCCUUUUCUUCUUCUUCUUCUUCUUCUUCACCACUGCCGAAUUCUCUCCUCUUUCCUCACCAUUUCAAACUGACCCUUUUUUUUUUUCACUCUCUCACAACCUACUCCUUUCUCCAUUAG